CGCCGAAACUGGGACCCUCGUCCCGAGCGUCCGCACCCCUCCGUACACACAUCCAUUAUACGGCAGUUUUAGUUUAUUUAUCUUUAUACACAUAUUUAUAGUUCUACAAAAAAAGAUUUUGAGACAGAACAGGAAAGGGCAACAGGAUUUGACACGAGUUGGGCUGAGACUGGGAGAAAGAAUUCCAGACCGAAGAAACAAGUGAAACAAAGGUGGGGAGAUAGAACACGAUUCUCCUUCAGGGGCCUGGACAAUCCGAACACACGCCAGACUGGCGCACCUCCCACCGAUUCCGGCUCCCGGUAUCUUGAUGCCCACCAUUUCCCGCCCCUAAGAUGUUAGGCUCGCGCGACGUAGUAGCAGCCUGACACGCUUCCCGCGUGUCCAGCCUGGGGCUCAGGACCCUCCAGCCUCGCAAGCGAGCUCCGCUCGGGUCCUCGCACUUCCGCCGCCUUCCUGCCAGGCCCCCGCCAGGUCCCCGCCAGGUCCCCGCCAGGCCCCGGCCAGGCCCCCGCCAGGUCCCCCUGGCCCCCCGCUAGGCUCGAGCUCGCGCCUAGAGUGGUCCGGAGGUGCGCGGUGGAGCUCACCCACGCGGCCUGCGGUCUGGAAACUGCCCCUCCUCACCCCAUCCGGCCUCUGGAGGGGUUCAGGAUGUGGAUCGGGGAGAAUAAGCGAGGCUAGGACCCGAGUCAGGCUUCAAAAGAGUGAGACUUCAUGAAGAUGGGAGAACGCGAAGCAAGGCAAGAAGUAAAUGACACAACGUGAAACAGAGCUCCGGAGCAGUCUGGCGGCCAACCGCAAACGGGAAAGUACUGUUUAGAGGAAACACAGGCACAUUUCAUAGCUGUGGCUCGUUGGUCUAGGGGUAUGAUUCUCGCUUUGGGUGCGAGAGGUCCCGGGUUCAAAUCCCGGACGAGCCCUGGCUUUUGAUUUUUUUUCCUUCCUUCGAAACUGUGCAAAAGUUCAAUUCUGUACAAACUUUCUCGCUUUCCGACAGUUCUGCACAAGAGAGGUGCGCUGAACCAACGCGUGCCAGAGGGGGCUGAUGAGCUGUGCGGGGAGAAACUGCCUGGACUCCGCCAGCGGACACCUCGGAGGGACCGCCACGCUCCCGGAAGCAGGGGCCGGUGUCCCAAGGCCCGAGGUCCCCGGAGGCUGUGUCCUCGCGGCCGCUGCGCGUGGGGCCUCGGGUCUGCAGGCCCUCUCCUUUCCCAGGCAGGGCCCGCCCGCGGCGCCCACUCCAGAGGCAGGUCCAGGCGGGAGGGGCCUCCCGGGAGAAACAGGGCGCGGUCCCAACUGCACAGAGGCUCCGGCGCCACCCUUCUCGCCCUGCUGCAUCCCGCGUCCGUUCGUGUACACACACGCACGCCGACCCUACCCAGGAUCCAAAGCAAGAUUUAAAAGGACGUCUUUGCGUCUUCUACAGCUCCCUAUCGUCUUACAAGGGGGAAUUAGAAGCCGGGGAGAAAAACUUUCCACCGUCCUGCGCGUUUCUGCAGCCCUGUUCCCUGGCCGAGGCAUCUCCAAGGUAGUGAUGGCUCUCCAGAGGACCCGUUCCCUGCUUCUGCUCUUGCUGCUGACCCUGCUGGGGUUGGGGCUGGUGCAGCCCUCCUAUGGCCAGGAUCGCAUGUAUCAACGAUUCCUGCGGCAGCAUGUGGACCCUGAGGAGACAGGUGGCAAUGACACCUACUGCAACUUGAUGAUGCAAAGACGGAAGAUGGUGCGUCAGUGCAAGCGCUUCAACACCUUCAUCCACGAAGACAUCUGGAACAUUCGUAGUAUCUGCAGUACCACCAAUAUCCAGUGCAAGAAUGGCAAGAUGAACUGCCAUGAGGGUGUAGUGAAGGUCACAGACUGCAGGGAGACAGGAAGUUCCAGGGCCCCCAACUGCAGAUACCGGGCAUCGGCGAGCACUAGGCAUGUGGUCAUCGCCUGUGAGGGUGACCCGCAGUUGCCUGUGCACUUGGACAGAUAGACGCCAGCUUGCGGGGCUUAUGGCCGGUGGUUGGCCUUUAACUUACUCCUUGAAUAGCAGUAAUACAUUUGAGCUGCCCCAGCCUCUAUCUCCUCUAUUUCUGACUCUUUUUCUCUUUAUAACCCAUUCUGUUAAGCACAUUGUAUCAAAGAGAAAUGGAGACAUAAACUUAUAAUGAGUCUGGGCCUUUCUGUAGUAAACUUUUUGGCUUUCUUUUAUAAUACUGGUCAGUUUAGCUCUCUCAGAUCCUAUCCUCUGGAAUUUAGUCAUUAUAUGGAUUUAUAUAACAUUUCAAGCAUUUCAAAGUAUUUUCAUCUAAAUCAUGUCAUUUCAAUAGCACAGCAAUUGUGCGAUGUUGCUGAUGUUGUUCUAUGUAGGAGCCCAAAGUUCAGGGACUUGCUGAAAACCAUGAAAUUAGUGGAAAAGCUGAUACAGAAAUCCCGUUGAAUUGGCUCCUAAUCCAGGCCUUUUCCCACUUCAUCACAAGGAGCGUUUUGUGAAAGUAACUGCUUUUGGUUAUUCCCAAAAGUCAGCUGUUGGGAGAAGCGUUAGAAAUUUGGAAAUGCAUGCUGGCAAAAUGAGAGCUCGGUCUGGAUAAUCUGGCUCCCUUGUUGUGCUGGGGUCUAACAGCAUCAAGAAAUGAUACAAGAGAUUUACUUUCUCUCUUCCCAGACUUUUGAAUUACUCUAGUAAGUCAGAAUAUUAGAAAUGUUCUAGAUCAUUUUAGACUCAUUCACUCUUCCUGAUGGAAACAUCUUUCAUGUUUUCUUUGUAAUAAAGACCUUAAACUGCAGGUAUCUGA